AUGUCUUUGGAUCAAAAAACACGCGAAGCAGAUCGUAUCUACGAUGACUUUGAACCACCUUUUGAUUGGGAUCAUGAUGAUACAAGUGACACAGUGAUUCUUAUGAUUCCAGGAUUUAAGAAGGAGCAAUUGAGGGUUCAAGUAACUUCAACAAGAGUGUUAAGGGUGAGUGGUGAAAAGCAAAUCAACGAGAAAAAAUAUCGUCGAUUUCGCAAAGAGGUCUCUAUACCAUCUCAUUCUGAUACAGGUAAAAUUUCUGCCAAAUUCGAAGCUGGAAUCUUAUAUGUUAAACUUCCAAAACUCAUCAACCAACAAAACAUUGCUCCAACACCAACACAACAAGAACCUCAAAAGCCUCAACAACAAACAAUUCCUCAGAAACCAAAGACUGAUCAUGUUUCUGAUCAGAAAAAACAACAUGAACCAAAGAAAGAUAUUGAAGAAGUGACUCGAAAGAACGAGAAGGAUAAAGAAGAAGAAUCAAGAGAUGAUGAGAAUAAGAAAAUCGAGAAAAGGUCAGUGACUAUGGAGAUGGUGUCAAGACAGAGACAAGAAUAUGUGAAUGCAUUGUGUGGUUUGGUGGAUGAAGUUAAGAAGCAAAAGAAAUUGGUGAAUGUGUUGCUACUUGUGUUUUUGGUCUUGAUGUUUGGUAUCUAUGUUAAGAAUGUAAUUAACUCGUUUUUUUCAGGAGGUCACAAGCACCAAGAGUUGUAA